CGCACCACCACUGCACCUGCAGCCCUCUUACGGAGCCAGAUACAACGAAAACCUGCUCCUGACCAGGUUAGUGACGUGCCUUCGCUGGAGCUGUCAGACAUGUCUGACCCGAAUCCACCGAGAAAUGCCCAGAGAGUCCUGGUGAUCUACACCGGGGGGACCAUCGGGAUGACGAUUCAGGGUGAAGUGCUUGCCCCAGAAGCCAACGCUUUUGUGGAAGGACUGCGCAAUUUGUCCAUGCUCCACGAUGAGGAGUACGCCAAGGAGAUCGGCCUGAAUGAGUACAACACCCUGGUCCUGCCGCUGACUAAAACCAAUAAGAGGGUUGUGUACACUGUUCUAGAGUACAGCCCUUUGCUGGAUUCCUCCAACAUUUCCAUAGAAGACUGGGGUACAAUUGGAAAGGACAUUGAGAAAAACUAUGACGACUUUGACGGUUUUGUGAUCCUGCACGGCACAGACACCAUGGCUUACACAGCCUCGGCCCUGUCCUUCAUGUGUGAACAUUUGUGCAAACCAAUCAUCCUCACCGGAUCUCAGGUGCCGAUCUUUGAGAUGAGGAAUGACGGCCGAGACAACCUGCUGGGGGCGCUGCUGAUCGCAGGCCAGUUUGAAAUUCCUGAGGUGUGCCUGUACUUCUACAACAAACUCUUCAGAGGGAACCGUGUGACCAAGGUGAAUGCUGAGAGUUUCGACGCCUUCUCCUCUCCCAACCUGGAUCCUCUGGCCAUCGCUGAAGUGGACUUUUUAAUCCACUGGGAUACGGUGCGGAGGGCAGACCACACAGCACAGUUCCACGUCAGCACCGAGCUGAAUAGGAACGUGGGGCUGCUCAGGCUGUUCCCAGGAAUCACUACUGCUACUGUGACGGCUUUCCUGCAGCCGCCCAUGGAGGGCGUAGUCCUGGAGACCUACGGCAGCGGAAACGCCCCCGAUAACCGACCUGACCUGUUGGCGGCGCUGAAGGAGGCCACCGACUCCGGGGUCAUCAUCAUGAACUGCACCCAGUGCCUGAAGGGGACCGUGUCUGCUUCGUACGCCACCGGACAGGUGUUGAAGGACGCAGGGCUAAUAGCUGGUGGAGACAUGACUCCAGAGGCGGCCCUGUCAAAGCUCUCUUACGUAUUGGCCAAGAAAGAGUUAGAUGUUGAUGCCAAGAAAAAGAUGAUGGGUGAAAACCUGCGCGGUGAGAUGGUGUCCGACUUUCCCGGAACCAAACUGUCUCUGAGUGACGGCCGAUUCAUCCAGGUCAUCGCCAGGUCCCUGAACAUCAACUACAAGGAGAAGCUGGAAGCCAUCCGUGAGGCCCUGACUCCCCCACUGGCAUGUGCCGCCGCUAGGAUCGGAGACAUAGAUGCCCUAAAGGGCACCAACUUCAGUCUGAGUGACUACGACGGACGCACACCCCUACAUAUCGCUGCCUGCGAGGGCCACCUCAAACUGGUGGAGUACCUCCUGAGUCACGGAGUCAAAGUGCACGCCAAAGAUCGCUAUGGGGACACGCCCCUGGGGAACGCUGUGCGCUUCAGACACGAGGAGAUGGUGAAGCUGCUGAGAAAGGCCGGGGCGCAGCUCUCUACAGACGAGUUGGACAAAGCAGGGACUGAACUGUGCAGCCUGACGGCCAGCGGGGACCUGGAGGGCCUCGAAAUGUGGGAACUCGCUGGAGCCGAUCUGAAUCAACGCGGCUACAAUGGACAGACAUCCCUUGAACUGGCCGGUGCUCUCGGCAAAAAAGAAGUGGUGGCAUUUUUAGAGCAGCUCAAAAAACCCAAGCCUGUGUUUGGUGAGAUUCGUGAGCAUCGUGAUGAUGAGUGAUCGAGUCUCCAGCAACCCAGAGAGGACUGUGAGCUGUCGUCGACCAACAAGAAUCGUCCUCAUGACUCCGUCCUCCUCACUCCGUCCAGCGCACCAAUACAUGCCACAUGUUUCCUGGGACCUACUGGGAGUAAAAGAAAAUGUAGAAAACUCUUCUCCAACUCUUUUAGUACACACAACAGCAUUAGGAAGAGGAAGGUUACGUAGUACAGUUACGUCACUUUGUAAAAUAAAAUAGCAAUAUAUUCAGGAUUAAAUUACAGGGGGCCCUUAUGGUUGUUUCUAGUGAAGUGCAGGAAGGUUUCCAGUAACUAAUGAGAAUAUACUCAUUUUGUUUGUGCUGUUAUUCACCUAUAAGCCUUGUCCACUGUCCUUGAAGCGGAACAUUUCCUGCUACAAAAACCUUUGGUUACCUUCCAGACUCAACCAGCCUGUUUCUUGCUCUGAUCAGUCACAUAUCUCUCAUGAAAUGGAAAAGGUAAAUUUACACUGACUUUUGAAGUCAGCUGUGUUGUCAUUCAUUUAGAUGUCAAUUUAUGUUCUUUGCGUCCGAGAUUACGAACAAUUGACUUGAGACGAGUAAACAUUUUAAAACACCCCCGCUUGUUGUUUGGUUUUGAAAAGUAAAAAAAAAUCUUGGUCCUUGUAUUUUACAUCUGUAAGAGAAUCUUCUGUGAUGUAUUAAUGUCCCCCUGACAUUUCAAGAAAGCUUGUUUGUGCGUAUUUGAGUGUGAGAAUGAAAUAGUGAGUUUUGGAUAAAAAUA